UCUAAUUAAUUUGAAUAAUAAUUUAAAUAUCGCGCCUAAAGAAAUGAUAAAAGAGCGAUGAAAACGCAUCAACUUUACACCUGCGCACCGCAUGUAAACAACUUUCUCUAUAUGCGAAUCAAGCUUUAACGAAACAACGGAACACCUUGCUGUCAUGGCUGACUCACAUUCGAGGGACUCAUUGUAGCAAGUGUACGAUAACAAAACCUGAGUCAAUAGUUGAGAUUUCACCUGUGGGAUGUGGUCAAGUGAACAGAGUUAAAACUGAUGUGUGUCUGCGACAAUAAGUUAUAAUAGUUUUUUUAACGCGAGUGUUAAAUUCAUCUCGUGAAACGAUGAACGGGUUAAGUUUGAGCGAACUAUGUUGCCUAUUUUGCUGUCCGCCCUGCCCUUCCAGAAUUGCCGCCAAAUUAGCAUUUUUACCACCUGAACCGACCUAUAGUUUUAUUGAGGACGAGGGCUCAAAGUAUACAAUAUCAUUAUCUGAUAGAGCAGAAUGGCAAUAUUCGGAAAGAGAAAAAGAGUCAAUGGAGGGUUUCUAUGCCAGGACGUCCCGUGGAAACCGCAUUGCAUGUCUCUUUGUUCGAUGUUCAGCUACAGCAAGAUUUACCAUUCUUUUUUCUCAUGGUAAUGCUAUCGAUUUGGGCCAGAUGUCUAGCUUUUAUUUGGGUCUAGGUUCAAGGAUUAAUUGCAAUAUAUUUAGCUACGACUACUCUGGAUAUGGUGUAUCAGGUGGUAAACCAUCGGAGAAAAAUUUGUACGCCGAUAUUGAUGCUGCUUGGCAUGCUCUACGAACACGAUAUGGUAUCAGUCCGGAAAAUAUUAUUCUUUAUGGACAAAGUAUUGGUACAGUGCCCACAAUUGACCUAGCAUCCAGGUACGAAGUCGGUGCUGUUGUUCUUCAUUCUCCUCUGAUGUCGGGUAUGCGAGUUGCGUUUCCAAAUACAAAGAGGACUUGGUUUUUCGAUGCCUUUCCUAGUAUAGACAAAGUGCCGAAGGUGACAUCACCUGUUCUUGUUAUUCAUGGAACUCAAGAUGAAGUGAUAAAUUUCAGUCAUGGACAGGAAAUAUAUGAAAGGUGUCCAAGAGCCGUAGAACCCCUAUGGGUUGAGGGUGCUGGACAUAAUGACGUUGAAUUGUACAACCAGUAUUUGGAGCGUUUGAAGCAAUUUGUGAGUGUGGAAUUGGUGAACUGACGUCGACUCAGCCUCUCCCAGAGUCAGGGAGGGCAGGGAGUUGGUCUCACGCACGUCAAUAGUCA